AUGACAUAAUAUCAUCUUGUAUCAUUUCUCCCUAUAGUUGGACAUGCUUUAUAUGUAAAAAGAUCAGAUGAAUCAAGAAUAAAUCCAUAUACUGUUGAAGUAUUUAAUAUUGGCAGGAUUAAUAAAUUUACUGAUUCAUUCGCAAUUAUUGAUACUCCAAAUCAAGAGGUUGAAUUUAGUAUUGGAAAUAAUGAAAAGGAGAAAUUUAAUUUUUGGUUCCAUUACAUGAUAAUAAAGUUCUUAUUCCUUUUCUAAGAUCAAGCAUAUUCCAUACUUUGA